CUGCUGACAUCACAUCCUCCCCAAAGAGUGACACAACCUCCCAAGCCAAGUGACAAAGAUCAUCUCAGCUCUGCUGCACCAGCCCCAAGCACAGACACCCCAGGAGAAGAUGGACACGUCUCCUGCCCUGCUCCUGCUGCUGGCUCUGAGAUUCUGCUGCCCUGGGAUUUUUGGACAGUCACUUCAGAUAAAGGUCACAUCUCCCAAGGACAUCAACCAGCUCCGGGUGGGACAGAAGCUGGAGCUGGAGUGUCAGACUUACAAGGACAGUGGUGCAUUCUGGAUCCACCAGGACAAGAGUGGGGCCCUUCACGCCAUAGUCUUCAUCAAUUCCAUUUCUCGAGUCACAUUUCAGGGGAAUCAGAAACAGUCAUCUCGAUUUGAGGCGAGCAAACACAACACAAUCUAUCAUUUGGCAGUGAAAUCUUUCACGCCGCAGGACCAGGGGAAAUAUUUCUGCGUGAUGAAUUUCAACCAAAUGCUGCAGUUCAGCCCUGGCCAGCCUGUCUUCCUUCCAGCCACCACUGUAGGAGAACCCACCACCCAGUGGGGCAUCACCGAAAAGGAUUUGUUCCUGAAGUCACCAGAUCCAGGUAGCCUGAAUGCAGGCAGCAGAAUAGAGGAAGACCUGAAUUACUUCUGUCUUGUCUUCAUCUGGGUCCCCUUGGCAGGCCUCUGUCUCCUGCUCCUCCAGCUCAUGGCUGUCACCAGGAUGGUGAUGUGUCGACGUAAGGUUCACCACAACCCCCUCUAGAUGUACC